CUUCACUGCAGCACUCUCAGACCGACAGCAGCAUCAUCACAACAGCAGCAGCUAUUGGCUCCUUCCACAUAGUGAGUGAGAGCGCAACUUCACUCCCUCUUUCUCUCCUCUCUCUCUUUCUCUCUCUCGUUGUGUCUGUCAGAUUAAAAGGAGUUCCUGUGCGAUAAGAGCACGUUGGUGGAACACCCACACGCCUCCACUGCAUGGCUCUCACAAAGAUAUCAUGGCGUCCGACAUACAGAAGCUCAAAGUUUCGGAAUGUGUACGGCAAGGCAGGCAACCGAGAGCAGUGCUUUGAUGGCAUCCCCAUCACCAGAAACGUCCAUGACAACCACUUCUGUGCUGUCAAUGCCAAGUUCCUGGCCAUUGUCACUGAGACUGCAGGUGGAGGGUCCUUUCUCGUCAUCCCUGUCAACAAGGCUGGGCGAAUCGACCCUCACCAACCUAAAGUGUGCGGCCACCAGGGAGGCGUGCUGGACAUCAAAUGGAACCCCUUCAUCGACAACAUCAUAGCCUCCUGCUCAGAGGACUGCUCUGUGCGGAUAUGGGAGAUUCCAGAGGGAGGGCUGAGGCGGAACAUGUCCGAGGCGGUGCUGGAGUUGUAUGGACACAGCCGACGAGUGGGUCUCAUAGAGUGGCACCCCACCUGCAGUGGCAUCCUCUUCAGCGCUGGCUACGACUUUAAGAUCCUGAUCUGGAACAUGGAGGUGGGAAGCCCAGUGAAGAUGAUCGACUGUCACUCAGACGUGGUGCUCUGCAUGUCCUUCAACACCGACGGCAGCCUGCUGGCCACCAGCUGCAAGGACAAACACCUGCGUGUGAUCGAGCCUCGCUCGGGCAAGGUCCUGCAGAGCUAUUGCCAUAUAUCUGAACAGGAAGCUGACUGUAAGAGCCACAGGGUGAACAGAGUGGUGUUUCUGGGUAACAUGAAGCGCCUGGUGACCACCGGAGUCUCUCGAUGGAACACUAGACAAGUGGCACUGUGGGAUCAGGAGGACCUGUCCAUGCCCAUCAUAGAAGAGGAGAUUGAUGGGCUGUCUGGGCUGCUCUUCCCUUUCUAUGAUGCUGACACACACAUGCUCUACCUGGCAGGCAAGGGAGAUGGUAACAUCAGAUACUAUGAGGUGGGCACAGAGAAGCCCUACCUGCAGUACCUAAUGGAGUUCAGGUCCCCGGCUCCACAGAAAGGCCUGGGAGUGAUGCCAAAACAUGGGCUGGACGUGGCGGCCUGCGAGGUGUUCCGCUUCUACAAGCUGGUGACUCUGAGGGGCCUCAUCGAGCCCAUCUCCAUGAUAGUCCCACGAAGGUCCGAGACAUACCAAGAGGACAUCUACCCUAUGACAGCAGGCACAGAACCAGCCCUCACUGCAGAUGAGUGGCUGAGUGGGAUGGACAGAGAGCCAGUGUUGAUGUCCCUAAAGGCUGGAUACAAGCGGCCCUGCCAGAAGGCCUUCAAGGCCCCUGUGAGGGAGAGGAAGACCAUGGUGAUGAAUGGCCUGCUGGAGAGUAUUCCACCCAAGACAGAGAACGAGCUCAUGCGGAUGUUCUUCAGGCAGCAUGAUGAGCUAAAGAGGUUGAGAGAGGAGCUGGUGCAGAAAGACGUUAGACUCCAACAGCUGGAGCUGGAGCUCAACAACCUGCGGAACAACGGCAACAAACUGUGACCUUUGACCUGGCUGACCCCUGACCUCCCCACUCUGACCUCCUGCACACUCAGGGAGAGAGACCAAUGGUGGCCAACUCCCUUCCCUUCUUCCCGAAGUGUGCACCCGGGUGGA